AGUAGUUCCGGAACACGACCUGUCCAGUUGGAGCCAUUGUGGCGCCAGGCUCUACAGUUUAACGCUGAGAGGGCGGAGCCUGGGAUUAGUGCAAGCGGGGAGAGAGAGAGAGAGAGAGAGCGGAGGAGCGGCGGGGCAGCGCGGAGAGAGCUGGAGCCGCGGUGGAAAAAACACUGGGACACACACACACACACACACAGAGCGGGUCCCGUGUAACAGCGGAAGCUGUGAGCGCGGAUAUACAGAGCUUGUCAAUGCCAUGAAUUUUGUCACUUUGCUGCAGCACUAAAGCGAGUUGUUGUGGUGGAGCGGAGUUUUGUGCGGACGGACGGACGGCUCGGCUCGGCUCGGCUGCUACACUGGGACGGAGGAAACGCUGAGAGCUGCGCAUGUGGCGGGUUGUUUAUAAAGCUGAGCCAGCCUGAAGCUCGGUGUACGCGCAGGAUUUAUUACAGCGGAACAGGCGUAAGGUGGGGCAAAGGAGUGAGAGCUGAGCGCUUCCACUCUGUCCGCCCCUUCUCUCUGUUCUUAACGGACAUUUUCAUCGAAGGAGAGAAAGAGAAGGAAAAAAUACGAAUACACACACACACAUAUAUAUAUAUUUCCGCUUGGUGGAAUGCGGGGAGCGUUCCCAGGUUAAGAGCUCGUGCACUUGAGAGUGUGAUAUUUCCCGCCGCUGACACACACACACACACACACACGUAUCUCAAGGCAGGAAAUUGUCCGGUCUGGUGGCGGUUGGACCAUGGCCGACGACGACGUGCUCUUCGAAGACGUUUACGAGCUGUGUGAGGUCAUUGGGAAGGGGCCAUUUAGCGUGGUGAGAAGAUGCAUCAACAGAGAGACAGGCCAGCAGUUUGCAGUGAAGAUUGUAGAUGUGGCCAAGUUCACCUCCAGCCCUGGCCUCAGCACAGAAGACCUGAAGAGGGAGGCCAGCAUCUGUCAUAUGCUCAAACACCCACAUAUCGUGGAGUUGCUGGAGACCUACAGCUCAGAUGGAAUGCUCUACAUGGUCUUUGAGUUUAUGGAUGGAGCAGACCUCUGUUUUGAGAUUGUGAAAAGGGCAGAUGCUGGGUUUGUCUACAGUGAGGCUGUAGCCAGUCACUAUAUGAGGCAGAUCCUUGAAGCACUGCGGUACUGCCAUGACAACAACAUCAUUCAUCGAGAUGUGAAGCCUCACUGUGUAUUGCUGGCAUCAAAGGAGAACUCUGCUCCCGUGAAGCUGGGUGGUUUUGGAGUCGCUAUACAGCUCGGAGAGUCAGGAUUAGUGGCUGGAGGCCGAGUGGGCACUCCUCACUUCAUGGCUCCAGAGGUGGUGAAGAGAGAGCCGUAUGGGAAGCCGGUGGAUGUGUGGGGCUGUGGAGUCAUCCUGUUCAUUCUGCUCAGUGGAUGUCUGCCCUUCUAUGGCACGAAAGAGCGCCUGUUUGAGGCUAUUAUCAAAGGCAAAUACAAGAUGAACCCUCGGCAAUGGACACACAUCUCAGAGAGUGCUAAAGACUUGGUGCGACGCAUGCUGAUGCUGGACCCUGCUGAGAGGAUAACUGUGUACGAGGCCCUUAAUCACCCCUGGCUCAAGGAGAGAGACCGCUACUCCUACAAAAUCCACCUGCCUGAAACAGUGGAACAGCUGAGGAAGUUCAAUGCACGGAGAAAGCUCAAAGGUGCUGUGUUAGCCGCAGUCUCCAGCCACAAGUUCGGCUCAUUCUAUGGAGACCCGCCUGAGGAGAUGGCAGACUUCUCUGAAGAUCCCACCUCAUCUGGCCUUCCACAAGGACUGCUAGCAGCAGAAAGGGCUGUAUCGCAGGUGCUGGAUAGCUUGGAAGAGAUUCAUGCACUAACAGAUUGCAGUGAGAAAGACCUGGACUUUCUGCACAGCGUCUUCCAGGAUCAGCAUCUUCACACACUACUUGAUCUCUAUGACAAGAUAAACACCAAGUCCUCCCCACAGAUCAGGAAUGCUCCAAGUGAUGCUGUUCAGAGAGCCAAAGAGGUAAUAGAAGAGAUUUCCUGCUGUCCAGAUAAUACAGAUGUUAAAGAGCUGAGAAGAAUCCUAACCCAGCCCCAUUUUAUGGCCUUACUGCAGACCCAUGAUGUGGUAGCUCAUGAAGUGUACAGUGAUGAGGCACUGAGGGUCACACCCCCACCUACUUCACCAUAUUUGAACGGAGACUCACCUGAGAGCACUAACGGGGACAUGGAUCUGGAGAACGUCACUCGGGUACGCCUGGUGCAGUUCCAGAAGAACACAGAUGAGCCUAUGGGAAUCACACUGAAGAUGAAUGACCUGAACCACUGCAUAGUGGCCAGAAUAAUGCAUGGUGGCAUGAUUCAUAGACAAGGAACUUUGCAUAUUGGAGAUGAAAUCCGGGAGAUCAAUGGCAUUGGUGUAGCUAAUCAGACAGUGGAGCAGCUCCAGAAAAUGCUCAGGGAGAUGAGAGGCAGCAUCACCUUUAAAAUUGUACCAAGCUACCGGAUACAGCAGUCGUCUUGUGAGAAAGAGUCCCCUACCACCUCCAGACAGUCCCCUGCUAAUGGCCAUUCCAGCGUUAACAGUUCUAUCUUGGACUUGCCUUCAACUAUCCAGCCAAAAGCACGCCAGAUCUCCGGACCUACAAUCAAGGGUAAAAUAUCAGUCAAGAUCUAUGUGCGGGCUCAGUUUGAGUACGACCCAGCCAAAGAUGAGCUCAUCCCUUGCAAAGAAGCAGGCAUUCGUUUCAGAGUGGGAGACAUCAUCCAGAUCAUCAACAAGGAUGACCAUAACUGGUGGCAGGGUAGGCUGGAGAACACAAAGAACGGCACAGCUGGGCUCAUUCCAUCCCCAGAGCUACAAGAGUGGCGGGUGGCGUGCAUAGCGAUGGAGAAAACUAAGCAGGAGCAGCAAGCAAGCUGUACUUGGUUUGGCAAGAAAAAGAAGCAGUACAAAGACAAGUAUCUAGCAAAACACAGUGCAGUGUUUGAUCAACUAGAUCUCGUCACAUAUGAAGAGGUUGUGAAGCUACCAGCUUUCAAAAGAAAAACACUAGUGCUAUUAGGAGCUCACGGUGUUGGCAGAAGACAUAUCAAGAACACACUCAUCACCAAACACCCCGACAGAUUCGCUUACCCCAUUCCACACACAACCAGACCUCCUAAAAAAGACGAAGAGAAUGGCAAGAACUAUUACUUUGUAUCACAUGACCAAAUGAUGCAGGACAUCGCCAACAAUGAUUACCUGGAGUACGGCAGCCACGAGGAUGCGAUGUACGGAACACGGCUGGAGACGAUACGCAAAAUCCACGAGCAGGGCCUCAUAUCCAUACUUGAUGUGGAGCCACAGGCACUGAAGGUCUUAAGGACAGCAGAGUUCGCUCCUUAUGUGGUUUUCAUUGCUGCACCAACCAUCACUCCAGGCAUGAACGAGGAUGAGUCACUGCUGCGACUGCAGAAGGAGUCAGAGAUCCUCCAGAAGACAUACACACACUACUUUGACCAGACCAUCAUCAACAACGAGAUCGAUGAGACGAUCCGGCACCUGGAGGAGGCUAUAGAUCUGGUGUGCACUACAGCGCAGUGGGUGCCCGUGUCCUGGGUCUACUAGAACGCCACGAACUCUCCUCCGACUCGACCUUGAAGCCGCAAACUCUCUCUCGCACAUCUUUGCAACCAAAAAUAAAUUACUAAAUAAAAGAGGGACAGAGAGAGAGACAAUUAGAUAAGAAAUACAUACAUGAGUAAAUAAUUAAGAAGGAAAGAAAAAUCAUCACCAUUCCAUGGAGAAAGGAUCCGCCUCAGAUCUGUCUGAUGACCGGCGGACUAAUCCAGUCGCAGCCCUUCAGACUGCUUAAGUGUAGUGACGUAUAAAUCAAGAUAAUACAGUCGUGAAGAUUGACAUGCGGCGUUUUUGUAGUUUUGAUUUGAAGAGACAGUAUCCUAAACACUCUAGGUUUAUUUCCUGCUCAGACAGAGAGGACGGCAGACACGUUGCAGCGAUGCGUCACCACAUUAUCAGUUCAGAGCCUCUAUCUCAGCCAGCUGUUAUAAACACACACCCCCCCCUCCCUCCCGUCACUGGAGCACAUUAGAUUCUCUGUCUCACUAUCUGCUGUUUUAACCACUUCCAGAUACUGUCUCUCUCUCUCUCAACACAAGUCCAUACCUCUGAGACCUGAAGUUCUCAUGCAUGUGAACAUUCAGAGACUUGCAUACUGUCAGUGUUAGCAGUGUAACGCUACUGUUAUUCACAGCACAGAACAUUCCAUAUGUCUGAUCCAAUUCAGACCAAGUGAAGACCAGUGGAGAAUGAAGAUGAAAAAAAAAGACCUAUGCACAUCUUUGGGCACAUCGGGACACUCCGGACAACUUUCUAGCCAAUUCUUUUUACCAGCCGUGUAGUGAGAUGUGUUAAUGUCUCCAUUUAAUUUGUUGUAAAAAAAAAAAAAAAGAGAGAGAGAGGAGAAAAAAUCCUAGAGAUAAAAAGGACAAUCUAUACUGGUUUUGCCAUUACAGAAAUGUUCUCAUCAGAGAGUAUUCAUGUUUUCUUGAAGUUGAAUCAAAAGGGUAAACAGAUUUUUAUUCAGUGUAACUGCUUUAGUCAGACGUGCACACGGACACAUUGUGCAAAAUGAACUGUGUUGCAAAAAGAUUAAAAAACUAUAAUAUUCUGAAUGAUUGUGUAUAUGACGAACUGUUAACUUCAGACUGCCCUGUGUAAAUUCCUUUGCUGAUGACUGAGCAGCUCUUCAGUGUGAACCAUUUUUUAAAUAUAUUUCCUUUUCUGUGGUGAA